AUCUGGCGCUGCUGCCGCUGCUACUUAGUGACUUGGGCGCUUUGUGCGCACUCCGGGCUGUGCCACAUCAGUCUCUCCCAGCUCCUGACAAUGCCAGCCGGUAGGAUGGCUCUGCUGCUCCGGGGGCUGCUCCUUCUCACUGCCUGGCAAGCAAACUGCUCCCCCAACUGCCCCCCUGGGGACCGGGCACUGGGGAGAUGCCUGCCGACGGCAGAAGAAAGAGGAACGUGUGUGGACAACAUACUGGGCUAUUGCAAUGACUUGCCGUACAGCAAGACAAUGUUUCCCAAUGCACUAGAUCAGCAGUCAAGAGGCGAGAUAGAAUUCAGCGCUGAGUACAUCCUACUAAGCGUCAUUGAUAACUUGCUGCAAGGGGAAUGCAAUCCCGACCUGCGUAUUGUGGGUUGCGCCGUCCUUGCACCCCGCUGCGAGAAAAACAAGAUGGUGAAGCCAUGCCGAAGGGUCUGCGAGACGCUCAAAAAGAAUUGUCUCCCUGCUUUCGAUGCCAUUGACAUGGCUUGGCCGUACUUUCUGGACUGCGAACGUUUCUUUGUGGGAGAGGAAGAGGGAUGCCAUGACCCACUGGAAAAACUGAGAGUCAAUAUAGAAAUAACCCCCGAGGAUCUCCUCACAGAAACCCCCAGUACCUUCAUCCAGUUCAUUCACCAUAGCUACUCCGACAUGGUCCGUGUUUUGAAGAAGACAGCAGCCAGGUGCUCCCAGAUCUCAAAGACCUACAGCAUUGGGCGCAGUUACGAAGGGAAAGACCUUCUUGCGAUUGAGUUUUCAGCUCAACCUGGUCAACAUAAAGCUUUGACCCCGGAGUUCCGGUAUAUCGGCAACAUGCACGGGAACGAAGUGGCGGGCAGAGAAUUACUGAUCUACCUGGCGCAGUUCUUGUGCUCUGAAUAUCUUCUUGGAAACUCGAGGAUCCAGACGCUGAUCAAUACGACGCGGAUUCACCUCCUACCUUCCAUGAAUCCAGAUGGCUACGAGCACGCAGCAGAAGAGGGAGCGGGAUACAAUGGCUGGACCAAUGGACGACUCAAUGCCCAAAAUAUUGAUCUUAACCGAAAUUUCCCUGAUUUAACCUCAGAAGUACAUAAGAUAAUCAGGAUGCCAAUGGCGCGACUUGAUCACAUGCCCAUUCCAGAGUCAUACUGGGAUGGUAAGAUCGCCCCUGAGGCCAAAGCCGUCAUGAAGUGGAUGAGAUCCAUUCCGUUUGUCAUUUCCGGCAGUCUCCAUGGAGGGGACCUGGUAGUCAGUUACCCCUAUGACUUCUCCCGGCACCCCCUGGAAGAGAAGAUGUUCUCUCCUACUCCCGACGAGAAGGUGUUUCAGAUGCUCGUGAAAACCUAUGUUGCAGCGCACCCCAUAAUGUCCGACAAGUCGACCAGCCGAUGCGGAGGAAAUUUCAAUAAUAAAGGUGGAAUAAUAAAUGGCGCGGAGUGGUACAGCUUCAGCGGGGGCAUGGCGGAUUUCAGUUAUCUUCACACAAAUUGUUUUGAACUUACCUUGGAACUGGGAUGUGAAAAAUUCCCCACUGAGGAUGAGCUGUACUCCAUCUGGCAGAACAACAAAGAGGCUAUGCUGAGCUUAAUUGAAAUGGUCCAUCGUGGAAUCAAAGGUUUUGUGAAGGACGAACAUGGAAAUCCAAUUAAAAAGGCUCGGAUCUCUGUGAAAGGAAUUCGGCACGACAUAACUACAGGUGAAGAUGGUGACUAUUUCCGACUUUUGAUUCCUGGAUCGUACAUUGUUUCUGCCGAAGCCUUCGGAUACUCCAAAGUAACCAAAAAAAUCACCCUCCCUGCUAAAAUGCUGAAAGCUGGGCGCGUGGACUUUGCUUUACAGCGAGUGGACGUUAAAAACCGCAAAUUCCAUAAAGUUGCUCCCGAGGACAUUUAUGAACGAUUUGACCCACUGGAUCGUUUUGACCCUCACGCUCAGCACGGGGUGGCAGAGCAAAGCGAAGGAGGAGAGGAGUCUUCACGGAAUGGAGAGAAGCCCUGGUGGUGGUCCUAUUUUAGCAUGCUCGGUCAUAACAGACCAUCAUGGCUGCUGAAAAAUGAUGGAAAUUAAACUGUAUUUACUGCUCACUGAUUCCUAAUAGGUGAAUGAAAUGCAAAUUCACUGGGAAGUGCCCUUAUGAAAUGAAUUUAGUCGUUAAGUUUUAUUCCCGACAUAUUGGCACCUCCACUUUGUAUUUGUCUUUCCUUGGCCUUUAGUAAGUUUUUUUCUGACUGCAUUGAUGGAAAGUGUAAAAUAAGAGAUGGAUCAGGUAUUAGAUAAAUGAGCCAUUUGCCUGUUUUCUUUGCUUACUACACUCUUACUUGUGAUUACAUAGGAGUUAUUGCCAGAGAGCAGUAUUAGAUACUUCGUUAGCAUAAUAACAAAACCAACAGCUUAUUGCCAGUGUCUGGACACUGGUCAGUACCUAUAGGAAAUGAACUACACACAUUUAUAAAUGCAAGGGGAUCUUACCCAAUUUAUUGAAACCACUUAGAGCCUCAACAUUUCGGUGGGCAAACACUGAAUUUGUCAUAUCAUAUUGGGAAUACACUAAAACACCUUCCUAUGAUUUGGCCAAAUUGGCUGAUUAAAUCAGGGUCCUUGGCUGGGGUGCAAAGUGCGGCUAUUUUUUCUUCUCCCUGGUAUUUCUUUUGCUGUUUUGGGUUGGGAAUAUGCUCAGUACACUGAAAUGUAUCCUGAUUGGCUGUAUUGUGUGUGUAGGUUCAACCUAAGCCCAUACCCAAGCCAAUGGCUGUCCAGGAAAGAAAAAAAAUGACAAGUCACUUUUGGCCAAUUACAUCAGGUUAUUUUUAAGGAAAAGGGAAUUGUUCCCAGGUUAAAUCUUAACCUUUCCAUUCCUUCUUCUACAAACCUGCCUGGUAGAUAUCUGACCAAUCUUUGGCUGCAAGUUUGGCCUCAUACAUGAUGCAGUAAGUUACUGAGUUGGUCUGGAGGGGCCGACUUGGCAGCUAAAAUCUAACCAUGUGUGCCCCAGAAAAAAAAACUAUGUAUUGUAUAUAUAAAAAGUAGCUUAUAUAAGUUACUAGCUUUUUUUUAACAAGUAAACCAUUUUAUUGGUUGCUAUGGGUUACUGCACCGGGGCACUCUUAGUGCCUUUUAUUACAUAUGGGGGAAGGGUUUUUAAAUAUGCUUUUUUAUGGGGCAGACGCUUCAAAGCCUUGUUUUUGGGAUACGUGAAAAUGCUUCUACAUCCCAUCUGUUACCCUAAACGUGAGAUAUCUGCUGUGUGCAAUACAUGUAUACAGAUGCCAAAUAUCUCUCUAUAGGAGAUUUGCUACAAAUUCACAGUUUUCAUGAGAUUUUCAAAUUUUCUACUCUGUAAUCAGAGUUACAACAAAACAAUACAAAACGCAAAACUGCAUUGUACCCUGGAACCAUUCUGUAUAUGAUCUAUAGUGCAUUAUAUGUGUAGUACCGAAAUGCCGUAAGAUAGCGUAACUGUAGCAACAUUUAUUGUUAUUAAAGUUUCAAUUUAUUUUAGUUUUCA